AUGUCUGCACAAAACUCGGCUGGUAUCCAAACGCUGCUCGACGCUGAGCGCGAGGCCCAGAAGAUUGUCCAGCAAGGCAAGCUCUACCGCACCAAGCGUGUAAAGGACGCUCGCUCCGAGGCUCAGAAGGAAAUCGACGAGUACCGCAACAAGAAGGAGGAAGAGUUCAAGCAAUUCUCAACACAGCACACCAGCGGCAACGAGCAGGCCGAGAAGGACGCCACCAAGGACACAGACGAGAAGCUGCAGGAGAUCAAGAGCAUUGGCGACAAGGAGGGCCCCACCGUCAUCGAGAACCUGCUACGCGCCGUCACCGAUGUCAAGCCCCAGGUUCCUGACAGAACCGAGCAGCCCGUCGCAUGA